CGCCGCUGCUGCUCCGUACAGCAAUAUCUCCGCAUUGGCUCUCGCUCAAGCGGCAAGACAGAAGCAGCCAAGUGACAGAGAGAGAAACACACACAGAGAGCGAGACCUGCUGCAGACUCUCGCACGCGCGCCAAGCAGUCGGAUCAUUCGGUAGUGCUGCGCUCUUCUCCGCUCGUAUAUAUAACGCAAAUUAAUACAUCGUUAAAAAAACAACGUGUGGGCUCUGUACAGUGCUGUUAUAAUACAACGUCUUGUCUACUUGACUUUUAAUACAAUAAAACAGUGUGUCAACGAUCGGUGCAUUGAUCGAAAAAGAAAACAAAAAAACAAAACCAUGGCAGCGGCUACCAGCGUGGUGGUGCUCGACAGGGGCAACAAUACCACUUGUACCAUCAACUUACACGGAGCAACCGUGGUAUCAUGGAGAGUCAAUAAUCAGGAGCAACUGUUCGUUAGUAAACAGGCCGUUUUCGAUGGAAAGAAAGCAAUUAGAGGGGGAAUCCCAUUUGUCUUUCCUAACCUCUAUCCUCUGUCCUAUCCAGCGCAGUUCGGCGCCUGGACCUUCGGGCCCGGGCACGGCUUCGCGCGGCUCUGUCGCUGGUCCGUGGAGAAGCCGCCCGAGCGCAUGGCCAGCGGCGACGUCGAGGCCAUAUUCUCCCUCAUGGACAACGAGUUCACGCGCUCCAUGUGGAACUAUCCGUUCAGGCUCACCUAUCGGCUGAUCCUGCGCGAGAAGGAGCUGCACUUCAACAUCGGCGUCUACAAUCCGAGCAAGGAGCACACCUUCAGCUUCAAUCUGCUGCUGCACACGUACUUCAAGGUGCCGGACGUGAGGCGCUGCCAGAUCACCGGACUGCACGGCUGCACUUUCAUCGAUAAGACGAGGGACAAUCAAAUCUUCCAAGAGGGCCGCGACGUGGUGACGGUGAACGAGUGGACGGACCGCAUCUACCAGAACACCCAGCCCGAGCACAUAAUCACGAACGUCGUCUCGGGUCGGAAGAUGCGCGUCCAGAAGUACAACUUCCCGGACACCGUAGUCUGGAAUCCGUGGCUGGACAAGGCCCGCGACAUACCGGACUUUGGCGACGACGAGUUCCCCAACAUGAUCUGCGUCGAGAGCGGCCACGUCAGCAGCCCCGUGAUCCUGCUGCCCGGCACCGCCUUCGAGGCCAGUCAAAUAUUACAGGUGAUGUGAGUGGAGGGUGGCGGAGGCUCGUCCCAGAGCGGUAGCAACAAGAGCAGAGCUGCCAAGAAUGACACUAAAGCCAGCAGCAACAACAGCAGCGCCAAUGCUAGCAG